UACAGUUAUGUUCGAGUUACUCUCAUUUUUUUAGGUUGAGGAUUACUUACAGAAGGGUAUGUUGUGACUUGUGAUUCUGAUUCUACAGAGGAUGUUUAUGGCCUUGUUUUCUCCUCCUCCUCCAUGUCAUUUCCCACCAAUCUCUGCUAAUUUUUCUGCAAAAAACAGUUUCUUCCAAAGGCCUUGUCUCUCCUUAAUCUCCAGGAGAAGUCUGUUUCUUUUGUUAUCCACAAAGGCAACUGAUAAUGGUGUAGGUGUGGUGGGUUCUGCUGAUAUUGUAAAGGAGGAGAGAGUGGUGAAGGGAGAUGCUUCUCCAACUGGUUAUGAGCAGAGGUUGGAGAAAGAAUAUGGUUCUCUUGGGUCGACUUGCGGGAUUAAGGGUUUGUCCAGAAUACAGGAUUCGAGAUGGGUCAUAAACUGGUAUUUGAAACCAUUUGGGAAAGAUUGUGAGACCAAUUUGGAUGCCAUUACUGAUGCAGAAUGUUCAUGGGCACGCUCAGUUACCCAUAAUGUUGAAAAUGACAAGAAGCCACUGAGGUGGGUGUAUUCUUUCUCAACUGGAGCAGCAGCAUGGCUGAGUUCGGCACAAAUAGUUCACUCAAGUCCGGAGAUUAGAUUGAAUAUGGUUUAUGAAACUGGAGAACUAUUUGAAUUAGGAAUUCAGCUAUCUUACCUGCUUUUACUAUUAGGCUUGCUUGGGGCUGGUACCUUCUUUGUGAUUCGCCAAGUCCUUGUUCGUAGAGAGCUUGACCUUUCUGCUAAAGAGUUGCAGGAGCAGGUUCGAAGUGGUGACGCUAGUGCUACCGAGUUCUUUGAACUUGGUGCUGUAAUGCUUAGAAGGAAAUUCUAUCCUGCAGCGACAAAAUACUUGCUGCAGGCUAUUGAGAGAUGGGACGGAGAUGAUCAAGAUCUUGCCCAGGUUUACAAUGCCCUCGGUGUCAGCUAUGUUCGCGAUGGAAAGCUUGAAAAGGGUAUAACUCAGUUUGAGAAUGCUGUGAACCUCCAACCAGGGUAUGUAAUAGCUUGGAAUAACCUUGGUGAUGCCUAUGAAACAAAGAAAGAUUUAAAAUCUGCCCUGAAGGCAUUUGAAGAAGUGCUCCUUUUUGAUCCUAACAAUAAGAUAGCACGUCCCCGUCGAGAUGCAUUAAAGGAACGGGUAAACAUGUACAAGGGAAUUCCUGUGAAAUCAAAGAAAGAGAGGUAAUUUUCUGUGGCUCUAUGUAAAUUUAUAUUCUGUGAUUUUUUUUUUUUGACUUUGUAAUCAUUUUAGUCCCAUUGAGCAUGUUAAUUUA